AUGACAUGUGUGUAUAAGUUUAUUAGUAUUUCGAUUAAGUCUUUAACUAAAGUAUAUAUUUUUAAAAAUCAAGAGGAAACAAUGCCAUCAAAAUCAAAAUUUCAAGUAGCAUCGGACGUUAAGAAAAGAAAAUGUGGUUCAUUAUUCGAAAAAUGGUUGAAAUUAUUAUCGGCAAUUCUUUUACCGUUGGCCAUUAGUGUAUUUACCGUUGUACAAACAAUACAAGAAAACAAUAUUGCCUUUCGUCAACGUGAACAAGAGCAACGUCAAGCCGAUGAAUUACAACGUGAUACAAUUUUUGCAGCAUAUAUUAAAGAAAUGGGUGAAUUAUUUAUGAAUAAAGGACGGAACGUUAGUGAGCAAGAAAUGAUUGAACGUCUUGUAUUUGCACGGGCUAAAACACUGGCAGCAUUACGACAAAUCGAUUUACAAAGAAAGACAUAUUUGAUACAAUUUCUAUAUGAAGCAUGUCUUUUGGACAACCGAAAAUAUCCAAUCGAUCUAAGUGGCGCUGAUUUAAGUGGUAUUAGUCUAAGUGGUAAAUCAUUCAAGUCACGAAAUAAUUUAGACUAUUUGUAUCUUCCUAAUGUUAAUUUGAUAGGAGCAUCCUUCAGUCAUACCUAUUUAACACAAGCCGAUUUUCAUGGAUCAAUCAUGACCAGUUCUAAUUUUACUGAUGCAUAUUUACAUAAAGCUAAUUUUACUUACUGUCAAUUAGACGGUAUUGAUUUUUCAAUGGCUUAUGCGUCGACAGCAAGAUUUCAAUAUGUUAAUUUGACUGGUGCAUUUCGUCCACCUCUUGCUCCAAUAUGGCAUUCAAUUGUAUCCAAUGGUGCUUACGUGGACAUAUUUUUGCCCGAUAAUUCUACUCUAAUAGGAGCUUUUAACAAUGUAGUAAGAAAUGGUGAUGCUGAGGCAGAUGGAACAUGUCCAACUAAUAUGCAAACACAUCAACUACCAUCACAAUGGUAUUAUCCUUCAAAUUUCUCAUCUAUUAUCAACUGUUCGAUAUUAGCUGUUGAGGGUAAUUGUUGUUUUUGGGGUGGAAAAAAAAUCGUUUAG